CUCGCUCCUUUACUCAGCGGAUCGCUCUCGAUGAUAAUCUCCAGGGCGCACUGCUAACUCGUGUAUGUAGUUGCUGUUCCUAUCUACGAUAUCACCGAGUCCCCUCCUCCGUUUGCAGAAGGUCAAGCGCGGCAGUGAUGUGCGAGGCUACCAUAGUUCUGCCUCGACCCAAACGACGCUCGUCGGUUCAGGUAGAGAAAAACAUUGCGGAAAAGGUGUGUCUGACCAUCGCUCAUGAUGAAGAUGGUGUUCCAACGUCGCAAUCGAAGAAAGAGAAACCUCCCCCGGAAACCGGACGGCUACAACGGUUGAAAGAGCUCCAUAUGGCCUUCAACAUGCUGGAUGCGAACAACGACGGGCGAGUUUCCCUGGAAGAAAUUUCAGUGAUGCUCACGAAAAUGGGAUUCGACAUUCCCCGCGAAGCUCUAGAUCUGUUGAUGCAGGACAAAUCUUCAACAAGCUCCGAUCAGGUGAGCUUGAGCGAGUUCGAAUUCUUACAAUGGAUCGACGACUACCUCAUGAAGGACGAUAGCGGUAAUCCUGAGGAUGCGGAUCAGGACAUGAUUGCAGCGUUCAGAAUCUUCGAUUCCGACGGCGAUGGCUACAUCACCCGAACCGAGUUGCGGCGGGCCAUGGAGACCAUCGGAGAGAAGAUAUCAGAAAAAGAACUCGACGAAAUCUUACUUCACACCGAUAUCGAUCGUGACGGACGGAUCAAUUAUCAAGGUAAAUAA